AUGAAUAAGAGUUUCGAGUCUCUUGUUGUUGGUGCGGGUGAUUUUGAGAAUCUCUCGUUUUUGGAAAAGGAUUGUCGUAACUACAUCGACAAGGCACGACGUCUACGGUUGGGCAUAGGUGGUGCUGGAGCGCUUCGAGACUACUUUUUACGGAUGCAGUACACAAAUUUGGAGUUAUUUGCACUAAUGGACUUGGAUGAUGACGGGAGAUCUCUAAUUGAAAAAAGAUAUCAAGAUUUGUACACAAAUGCUAAAUUUAGGGAAGUUCAGCACCAACUUACCAGCAUUAUCAACUUGGACCCAGUUUUACUUAAGGUGGAUGCUACACUCAAGACCUAUCUAGUAGAGGAUGAAGUUUGUGUUGAAGAUUUCACUAAGCUGAUUACACAUUCAGUGGAUUUUAGUGAAGACGAUGUAGUCGCCAAGUGUUCUUGUGGUUUAUUUGAAAUGAGGGGGAUAGUGUCCCGGCACAUCUUCGUCGUGUUCAAAUGUAACAGGAUUAAGACAAUACCAGAUAGGUACAUUAUAGAACGAUGGAGGAAGGACAUCAAAAGAAAAUACACUCUAAUCCACAGCGGCUAUGAUGCAGGGGAUCAACGAGAAGAUGCUAAUAGAAAUUCAAGUCUGUUGAAUAUCUGUUAUAAAAUGAUUACUUGUGCGGCGGGUCCGAAAAUGCAUACUGAGGAUGCAACGAUUAAGUUAAAUGCAAUGAUUGACCUGUAUUAUGCGAACCAAGAACCUCCAUCGAUGACUCAAAAGUGUUUAAAUAUUGAUGCCACGACAAAGGACACAACUACAAUUGGUAGUUCAACAAAAGUACUCAGUCAAUUGUUGUGCGAGGAAAAGGCAGACCCUCAUUUCUGA